ACCAUCCCCUCAUCCUAAUAAACUCACCCUCUAAUGGAUACCACCACCAAGUGCACAAGAACCCUUUUCUUUUGGUUCUUUUCAGUCUCUAUAGCUCUCAUCUCCAUUCUCCUCACCAACCCUUCUCUCUCUUCUUCUUCCUCCCCCUUUGAGAAUACUACUGGUUGGAGAUAUUUAAGAGCUAAUGGAAAUCUCUUAUCCUUGGGCAGCCACAUUUUUGGGGUGGACUUCUCCUCUAUGUUUGAAGAAGCCAUGAGAGUUAUCAGAGGCCACCAUCACAGGAAGAGAAAAAAGAAUCUUUGCGAUGAAAUGAAAUGGCCACCGAGGUUCAUGUCUGAUGCGAAUGCAUCAAUGGUAUUAGCUGUUGAUCUCAAUGGUUGUGGCAAUUUCACUUCUGUGCAGAAAGCUGUGGAUGCCGUUCCGGACAACUCCUUGACGAGGAGCAUCAUAUUGAUCGCUCCCGGUGUCUACAGAGAGAAGGUGGUCGUGAACGAAAGCAAAGUGAAUGUUACAUUUCAAGGAGUAGGGUGUGUUAGCACGUGUAUUGCAUGGAAUGACACUGCCAAUUCCACGCAUGGGACAGUCUACAGCGCCACUGUCUCCAUCUUCGCCCCAAAUUUUAUUGCUUACAACAUCAGCUUCCAGAAUACAGCCCCAGCGGCAUCUCCAGGGGAUGUUGGAGGACAAGCAGUGGCAGUGAGGGUGGCAGGAGAUAGAGCAGCUUUCUAUGGUUGUGGGUUUUAUGGUGCUCAGGACACCCUUCAUGAUGACCGUGGACGCCAUUAUUUCAAAGAAUGUUUCAUCCAAGGCUCUAUUGACUUCAUUUUCGGCAAUGCCAAAUCACUUUACGAGGAAUGCACAUUAAACUCAAUAGCCAAAGAGGUACCAAGCGGUCUGCAGAUGAUCACAGGGGCGAUCACAGCUCAUGGAAGGCAGUCGGUAAAUGAAAAUUCUGGCUUCUCUUUUGUAAAUUGUAGCAUAAAAGGAUCAGGGAGGGUGUGGCUAGGGAGAGCAUGGGGCCCUUACUCUUCAGUGGUCUUCUCUAGGACAUAUAUGUCUGCAAGCAUCUCAUCUGACGGAUGGAACAACUGGAACGACCCUGCGAGAGAUCAGACUGUGUUUUAUGGGGAAUUCGAAUGCAUGGGUCCAGGAUCGAAUCGAACACUGAGAGCCUCUUACUCAAGAGAGCUGUCCCCAACUGAAGCAGCUCCAUUCAUGGACAUAUCUUACAUUGAUGGGAAAGAGUGGCUUGUUCCCCCACAGCAAGGGGGCAGUUCAUCUAGACCAAAGCAUCAUAAUCAUCAUAGACACAAAGGGCAUAAUGGGCUCAUACAAACAUACUAGCAUGAGACAGUGAUUUUUAACACAUCUUAGGGCACAAGAGAAAAAAACCUCAAUAUAACUUAUAAAUUAGUCCCAUUUAUUACAUUUUGGGAGCAUUAAAUUUUCCAUAGACUAUGGGGUCGGGACAGUGACAAACCCUAAAUAAUCUUUUCUUUUUGUAGGUACAAAAGUAGGGAUCUCUUAUUCAAGCAUGUGAAGCCCUCAAAUAGAAAAACACACUAUUGAUUGGUUGAUUAUAUACAACAAUAGUCCUUAAAAAGUUCAUGUUUUCAUGAUUUUCAAUUUGAUGUGGGAAAAAAUGUUUGCUUCUAGAAGUUAAAUGUCAUCCACAAAAAGUGGUUUUAUGAUUAUUAGAAUUAGUAAAUACAGAUGCUUUUAUGAGACUUGGGACAAAAGCAAUAAAAUGAUUCAAAGGC